AUUGUUCACCCACACAACGGCUCUUUUAAGAGCCACAUCACAUUUUGACUAAAGACGUGUUCCCUGCUUUGUGGGGUUUGUCCUAUACCACUCGUGGCGAUUUUUAAGUCUGGUCAUUGUCUCACUGGUUGUACAUUUUGGAAAGGGCUAGUUUGGAUAAAAGUGAGAUUUAAAAAGAAAAAAACAAUAUUUGGUGUACUGUCGUUGGUAGUGACCGGAUAUUAGAGUACGUGUACUUUACAGGUUAUGGAUAAAGCUAAAGUAGCUUGACUCCCUUAACGUUAUGUAUUGUACACUGUAUGGUGUUCUUUCAGCAUUACUGUAAACUGCGUUAAGUGUAUUUCCCCACACACAAGCAUGCAGGUGACUGCAGGGAGACACGCCAGAAGGAUUAACAAAUUCAUCCAAUUAUAAACAGUCCCAAAUGCAAACAUCACUAUUGGCGUCCUCAUUUGAGAUUCACUUUUCUACUUGCUGGUUCAGUGAAUUUCCCAGCUGUGGGAUGAAUAAAGUCUUCUAAAUCACAAUACUAUCACUGAUAAUCUGGGCACCGAGUAGCGUAUUUAACAGGCUGUUACAGUGAUUGACAGUGUGGUACGAGUACCACUAGAAAGAAUCACACACAUGUUCCAACUGUCACAGUGGCUUCAGCUUUUUAUAACACAUUUAAGUACAGUUCAGUUUAACUUUUAAGCAACAAUACCGAUUUUCAUACUUGUACUGAUACUUUGAUUCAUUCAACAUUUUGGUGCAAUUUUUAACUCAUUGCACGUAUUCUGUUUAAGCAUAGUGUUACAUUAACGUGAACAAUUUUUAUGUUGUUUGUACAUGAUGAUUUUGGAAGGGCAGGCGUUGGGAACCAAAGCAGCUUUCUGACGCUCUUUGCUGAUUGGACAAUAGUUUUCCCGCUUCAACUGGCCAAUCAAUGAGCAGCAUGAAUGUGCAUAAAAAGACUGCCCCCCCUAGUGAUACACAUAUCUUGCUUAAGAAGUGUGAACUCAGUAGCUGCACUUGAGCCAUGUCUGGACGAGGGAAAACCGGCGGAAAAGCAAGAGCAAAAGCCAAGACAAGGUCUUCACGUGCUGGACUGCAAUUCCCAGUCGGUCGUGUCCACAGGCUGCUGCGUAAAGGCAACUACGCUCAGCGUGUCGGUGCCGGCGCGCCUGUUUACCUGGCGGCUGUGCUGGAGUAUCUAACCGCUGAGAUCCUGGAGUUGGCUGGCAACGCGGCACGCGACAACAAGAAGACCAGAAUCAUCCCCCGUCACCUGCAGCUGGCCGUCCGCAAUGACGAGGAGCUCAAUAAACUCUUGGGCGGAGUGACCAUCGCUCAGGGCGGCGUAUUGCCAAACAUCCAGGCCGUCCUCCUUCCCAAGAAGACCGAGAAAGCCGCGAAAUCCAAGUAAAGCUGAAGACAUUAACCACAACCUCAAAACGGCUCUUUUAAGAGCCAGCCAUCUGUUUAACGAAGAGUUAAAUUCUGUACAAUACCACCAAUAAAUUAUGUAGUUCUAUUGUGCAUACUAAUGCAGAAUAAAGAUCUGGCAACUUCAAA